CAAAACAGGGCGCGUGGGUUGCGCUCGAGUAUAAAGGCAAACUACGCGUGGGACAGCCGCAGUGACGUCGGCGCGGUCGCAGUCCGGGCGAGUAUAAAGAAGCCUUAAAGAGGCCUUUAAGUGACGCCUAUAUGCGUCGAGUUGUAGGAUGAACAAGGUCGAUUUAGUGCAUUUUGAACAAUCGGGGUUUCCGUAGCAAAUAGUUCAGGUUGUUACAAUCAAAAAAUGGCGUUCCUAUUAAAUCAGCCCCUCUACCUUCGUUUGCUUGUGAAAUUAAAUCAGUACGUUUUUGUCAAGCAACAAAAUCUAUACUAUUUAUUAUUCCUGUCAAGAUAAACUGGCCUCGUUGUGCUUCUCAAGCCACCGAACAAAGAGACGCGGAAGUUAGCAGCACGUCGCUAAAGCUGAGCUCUGAUCGUGUGAAAAUGUGUAAAGUGGAAAUGCUGAGAGCGUUGCUGAACCAGCGUUUAAGUGCGGUCGUGGAAGAAAUAUUUGUAGUGUUCGAAAGAACGAUAGCGGAGUACGAGGAGGAACUUUCUCGAACAAAGGAAGAGAACCAGCGACAACGUCAACUCCUGGACGCUUGCAACAGAGCAGUAGAUGUCGGUGAAGAAGUUCUCUCAACUGAGCAGCAAGAGUUGAGCUCCAGGGUGGAGCAGCAGGAACCAGAGUCCCCCCACGUUAAAGAGGAAGAUGAUGGUUACAACAUAGGCCAGUUUCAAGGACCACAGGAGGAUGAAAUGCUAUUGAAUCAUGUCAUUGUAAAAAGUGAAGCUGAGGAGGAAGAAGGAGAUGGAUACUUCUGUGGAGGUUCCAAAGCAGACAGCCUCUUAGCGCCACUGUCAGAUAGUGACGACACAACGUCACACUCUCCUGACACUGAUGAUGAACACUCGAAAGUUGAUAUGAUAUGUCACACAGAAAUGGAACAUCUUAAAUGUUCUCAAUGUGACAAAACGUUUGGCAGCAAGAGGAAUCUCAAAAGACAUAUGAGAUGUCACACAAGUGACAAACCCUUCAUGUGCGCAGAUUGCGGUAAAACAUUCUCUAUAAAGGGACAUUUGAUUAGACACACAAGAACACACACUGGAGAAAAACCUUUUUCCUGCUCAGUUUGUUGUCAGACAUUCUCCCGAAAGGCUUCUCUAAUGAUACACACAAGGACACACACUGGUGAGAAACCUUUUUCAUGUUCGGUAUGUGGUAAAAGAUUCCCUCACAGGUCAACUUGGAUGCGACACACAAGAACACACAGCGGAGAAAAACCAUACGCCUGCUCAUUCUGCAACAAAAGAUUCUCCCAAAAUGAGUAUUUGGUAGCGCACACCCGAACGCACACAGGAGAGAAACCAUUUCCCUGCACAAUCUGCCACACCAGUUUUCGCGAUCGCUCAGCGUUGAGUAAUCACAUCAGAAGACACACGGAAGAGAAGCCAUUUUCUUGCACAAGGUGCGACACCCGCUUCCGCGAUCGUUCUGCGUUGAGGAAACACAUGAGAACACAUACUGGCUAGAGUGUUGCUGCUGAAGUGUGUGUGAUUUAAAAUGUCAUAGGCUGUGUUUGGAAUAAUUCUCACCCAUUCCCUACUGACUAAUCACUAUACAGCAGAGGUGUUAGGUAACGAAGUACAAAUACUUCGCUAGGUAUAAAUUUUUUGUGUGUAGUUAUUUUUCAACCUACUUUUUACCUCUACUCUGUACAUUAUCUAAAACAAAGUCGGUACUUUCUACUCCUUACACUUGAAAAAAGCCUCGUUCUAUCGCAUUUUGGAUUACCGUAAUUUCUCAUGUAUAAUGCGAAGCCAUGUAGAAUAGGCACCCCCAAAGUUGACCUCCAAAUUCUGGAAAAUCCUUCUACCUAUGUAUAAUGCAUUUUUACAAUGCAUGAUUUUGCUUCUACCCAUAUGAUCAAAUCAUGAAGUAUUAUGUUUUUUUUCAAAUAAUUAUUCUGAAGUUAAGCACUUUAUUUGAACAUGUAAUACUUUUUUUAUUUACUUGCUCUUAUUUUGAAAUUCGCAGCCCUACUUUUAUUUAUUAAAUGAGAAAACACACAGUUGUGUUCAUAUGUUUGAUUUCCCGGGCAGAAUUUGUAAGAUGGGUACAAUUCUUUAAACCUGAAGGGCCAGGUGAAACACGUUUAGUUUUAUUUUAAUAUGAUUCAAAUUAAAGUGUCAAGCAUUUCAGAAAAGCAUUAUCAUCAAACAAAACAUAAACAUAAAGAAAUUAAUGAUGGUUGUUGUUCAGUCAUCAGUCGUAUUUAAAAGAACAACAACAAUAGUUCACAAAUUCUGUCUGGGUAUGUACUUAUGAGCACAACUGUACAUAUAUGCAGUCAUUGUACCCCUUUCAUAUCGGAAUGAAAGUGUAGUCUACACCCUUUUCAUAACCACUAGGGGGCGGUGUAAUAUAGGAAUGAAAGUGUACAGCUUUUUCAUAACCUCUAGAUGCCGGGAUACAUCCAUCCAUCCAUCCAUCCAUUUUCUGAGCCGCUUCCCCUCACUAGGGUCGCAGGCGUGCUGGAGCCUAUCUCAGCUAUCAUCGGGCAGGAGGCGGGGUACACCCUGAACUGGUUGCCAGCCAAUCGCAGGGCACAUACAAACAAACAACCAUUCGCAAAUCGUCACACAAGGACAUAGAGAGUUCAUAUACCAAGUACAGCCUAGCCCUGAAGAUGUCCGUGGCAGAGAACUCAAACCAAAAGUCCAAAUCGAGUACCAGCAGCAAAGAAGUUGAUAGCCAGAAAGCCCAGCCAACCCUUGCACAUCCCUGGCCGAAUUUUUCAAAAUGGUUGUUUGCCAAAACAACUUUUGAAUGCGCUGCACUUAAUGGCAUUGUUUACUUUUGCAUUACUUUUAUACUUUAAGUUGUUUUGAAACCAUCACAUUUACAAUUUUUCUUUAGUAAAAAUCUUGAGUUGAUACUUGAACUUCUAAAGAAGUCUUCUUAAACCUCAAUAUAUAUACUUCUAAUUGAGUAAUGAAUGUGAAUACCUUUGACACUUCUGCUAUACAGUACAGGGAUUGUUUGUACAGUAGUGGACUAUGUAGUUUUUACUCAUCCACGAAUGAAAAAUAGUUUGCAAACGCUACUUGCGGUGCCGUUAAUUAGAUUAGCUCAAUGUCAGCUUGUGGACGUUCUGUAAUAAAUAAUGAGCAAAAAAAAAAAAA